AUGGAUCCUAAUGAGUGGUGGCUUUGGAUGGUGGAGAUGGCACAGGGAACAGGUGUUUCAAGUAAAGAGUACAACUUGGAUGAUACCAGAACACUAGAAAAGGGUGGUGAGGAGGAUAAAGGAAGGUUUUAUUGGGAUUUAAUAAUGCUUAUAAUGAUGGUUGGAAAUCUGGUCAUCAUACCAGUUGGAAUCACAUUCUUUACAGAGCAAACAACAACACCAUGGAUUAUUUUCAAUGUGGCGUCAGAUACAGUUUUCCUAUUGGACCUGAUCAUGAAUUUUAGGACUGGGACUGUCAAUGAAGACAGUUCUGAAAUCAUCCUGGACCCUAAAGUGAUCAAGAUGAAUUAUUUAAAAAGCUGGUUUGUGGUUGACUUCAUCUCAUCAAUCCCAGUGGAUUAUAUCUUUCUUAUUGUAGAAAAAGGAAUGGAUUCAGAAGUUUACAAGACUGCCAGGGCACUUCGCAUUGUGAGGUUUACAAAAAUUCUCAGUCUCUUGCGUUUAUUACGACUUUCAAGGUUAAUUCGAUACAUACACCAGUGGGAAGAGAUAUUCCACAUGACGUAUGACCUUGCCAGUGCAGUGGUGAGGAUUUUCAAUCUCAUCGGCAUGAUGCUCCUCUUGUGCCACUGGGAUGGCUGUCUUCAGUUCUUGGUUCCACUGCUGCAAGACUUCCCUCCAGACUGCUGGGUGUCUCUGAAUGAGAUGGUGAAUGAUUCUUGGGGAAAGCAGUAUUCAUAUGCACUCUUCAAAGCCAUGAGUCACAUGCUGUGUAUCGGAUAUGGAGCCCAAGCCCCGGUCAGCAUGUCUGACCUCUGGAUUACCAUGCUGAGCAUGAUAGUCGGGGCCACCUGCUACGCCAUGUUUGUCGGCCAUGCCACUGCUUUAAUCCAGUCUUUAGAUUCUUCAAGGCGGCAAUAUCAAGAGAAGUAUAAGCAAGUGGAACAAUACAUGUCAUUCCAUAAGUUACCAGCUGAUAUGCGUCAGAAAAUACACGAUUACUAUGAACACAGAUACCAAGGCAAAAUCUUUGAUGAGGAAAAUAUUCUCAGUGAACUCAAUGAUCCUCUGAGAGAGGAGAUAGUCAACUUCAACUGUCGGAAACUAGUGGCUACCAUGCCUCUUUUUGCUAAUGCGGAUCCUAAUUUUGUGACUGCCAUGCUGAGCAAGUUGAGAUUUGAGGUGUUUCAACCUGGAGAUUACAUCAUACGAGAAGGAGCCGUGGGUAAAAAAAUGUAUUUUAUUCAACAUGGUGUUGCUGGUGUCAUCACAAAAUCCAGUAAAGAAAUGAAGCUGACAGAUGGCUCUUACUUUGGAGAGAUUUGCCUGCUGACCAAGGGACGCCGCACAGCCAGUGUUCGAGCCGAUACAUAUUGUCGUCUCUAUUCGCUUUCGGUGGACAAUUUCAAUGAGGUCCUGGAGGAAUAUCCGAUGAUGCGGAGAGCCUUUGAAACAGUGGCCAUUGAUCGACUAGAUCGGAUAGGGAAGAAAAACUCAAUUCUUCUGCAAAAGUUCCAGAAGGAUCUGAACACAGGUGUUUUCAACAAUCAGGAGAACGAGAUCCUGAAGCAGAUUGUAAAGCACGACAGGGAAAUGGUGCAGGCGAUCGCUCCAAUCAGUUAUCCUCAAAUGACAGCCCUAAAUUCCACAUCUUCCACUACCACCCCGACCUCCCGCAUGAGGACACAAUCUCCACCAGUGUACACUGCGACCAGUCUGUCUCAUAGCAACCUGCAUUCCCCCAGCCCCAGCACACAGACGCCUCAGCCGUCAGCCAUCCUGUCGCCCUGCUCCUACACCACUGCGGUCUGCAGCCCACCUGUGCAGAGUCCACUGGCCACUCGAACUUUCCACUAUGCGUCCCCCACUACCUCCCCAAAAAAACAGCAGCAGCAGCAGCUACAGCAGGCCCAGCCACCGCAGACUCAGCAGCAGCCACAGCCCCAGCCGCCACAAACCCCCAGCAGCUCCACUCCGAAGAACGAGGUGCACAAGAGCACGCAGGCGCUUCAUAACACCAACCUGACCAGAGAAGUCAGGCCCCUCUCCGCCUCGCAGCCCUCGCUGCCCCAUGAGGUUUCCUCUCUGAUUUCCAGACCUCAUCCCACUGUGGGCGAGUCCUUGGCCUCCAUCCCUCAACCUGUGGCAGCAGUCCACAGCACGGGCCUACAGGCAGGGGGCCGGGGCACCGUCCCACAGCGAGUCACCCUCUUCCGACAGAUGUCGUCGGGAGCCAUCCCCCCCAACCGAGGAGUCCCUCCAGCACCCCCUCCACCAGCAGCUGCUCUUCAGAGAGAGUCUUCCUCAGUCUUAAACACAGACCCAGAUGCAGAAAAGCCACGAUUUGCUUCAAAUUUAUGAUCCCUGCUGAUUGUCAAAGCAGAAAGACAUACUCUAGUGAACUGAGAAUCAUCUCGGAUCUUAUUUUAUUCUAUCUCCUUAUAAACCCCUAUAGCCUACUACGAAGAGAUAUUUUAGACAGCUCUGGCCUACAUGCAAAAUGUAAAAAAACAUAUAUACAUAUACUAUUAAAUAUAUAUAUAUCUAAGU